AUGCGCAAUCAGACGCAAAACAGGGAUGGAGAAGUGGUUACUAAAAGAACUAAAGAAGCUCUUCAGACUACCCCACAAAAUCAUACAAUUCCUUUUCCUCAGAAGCUUAUAGCAUCCCAAAGGGAUGAAGAGUUCCACCGAUUUCUGAAAAAGGUUAAAGAGAUUUACGUUGAAGUACCAUUGUUAGAUGCGCUACACCAGAUGUCGAAGUUCGUGAAAUUUUUAAAGGGAAUCUUAUCCAAUAGAAGGCAGAAGGGCGACUUCGAGACUGUAGCACUAACAGAGAAUUGCAUUGCCCUCCUUAUGGCGAAUCCUCCACCCAAGCUUCAGGACCCAGGAAGUUUCUCCAUACCGUGCAAAAUUGGUUCUGAACUUAUACUAAGAGCUUUCUGUGACUUGGGAGCCAGUGUCAGCCUGCUCCCGUACUCUCUAUGCAAGAUGCUGGGUUCCCAGAACAUUAAAUUGACUACGAUGGCAUUGCAACUAGAUGACCAUUCAUACAGGUACCUGAUGGGAAUAAUGGAAGAUGUGCUAGUUAAAGUAGGUGGAUGUAUAGUUCCUACAGACUUCAUUAUCUUGGACAUGGAGGAAGAUCCCAAGAUACCGAUCUGGUCUAACCCGGCCGUGUCUAUAAGACACGGCCGUGCCCCAUCCCGUGCGGCGUCGCCUACCUCCUCCAAGAAACGCUAG